AUGUGGGGCCCUGGUCUAUCCAAUUACUUGAUCAUGCCUAGAAGCAGCUCGCUUAGCGCCUGUAGUUUGAUGUCCGAUCAUUUGGGCUUGAGCGAAGCACGCGAAAAUCUCAUUCUUGCGCUAGCACGUCAGAUUAGACGAGCAUAUUUUCGCAAAUUUUCCCCUCCCCGCCCGACAUUCACCCUGUCCGACGUUCCCUCGCAGCAGGGGAAAGUCGUCAUUGUGACCGGCGGUGCAUCCGGAAUAGGACAGGAGCUGGUGCGCAUGCUCUACGAGAAAGGGGCGACAGUCUACAUCGCCGGCCGGUCCGAGUCGCACGCUCAGGCGGCCAUCCAGACCAUUCAAGUCAGCACCAUCAGGACCACCUCCAACACCACUGGCGGCCAGCUGUACUAUCUCCCUCUGCAUCUAGACGAUUUGACCACCAUCAAAUCCACCGUCAGCGCUUUCGCAUCGCGGGAAAGUAGACUCGAUCUGCUCGUCAACAACGCGGGCGUCUCCCAGCCCCCACUUGGAAGCGUGUCCGCGCAGGGAAUCGAGCUGCAAAUCGCCACCAACUGCCUCGGCCCCUACCUCCUGACGCAGCUCCUCCUCCCAUUCCUCACCGCUGCGGUGACAGCCAACAACGAAUUCUCCCCUGCACCGCGAGUGAUCUGGACCAGCAGCCAGGUAGCCGAGCUCUCCGCGUCGCCGGAGGGGAUCAUCCUGUCCGAGCUCCGCGACCCGCCCCGCGAUGCCGUCCGGAAUUACGUCACCUCCAAACUGGGGAACUGGUUCCUCAGCGUGGAGUUCGCCCGCCGGUACCGAGACGCCGGGCUGGUCAGCGUCGCGCAAAAUCCCGGGGCGGCGAAUACCAAUCUGCUGCGCAACGCGCGGUGGAUGAAGCUGCUGUCGUGGCCCUUGCUGUAUCCCCUGGGGUCGACUGCAUCCCGGGGUGGCGCCGGACUUGGCCCGGCAUUUGGCGCCGGCGGAGGAGGGCGGCACUGGGCGGGCGGGCGAGUUCUGGGAGUGGUGCGCGGAGCGGACGAGGGAUUAUUUGUGAUGAUACUGUUGGGAACCAUAGAGCAAUCUCCAUGAAAGUGCAUCGGUUGGGGUGCCUGGGUUGUUGGUUGAUACACCUGCGCUUGGUUAGCUUAACCACAGACUCGGUGGGCCAGUGCUAGCGGGGGCACUUUGGCUGCCUUGAAGGUGUCGAGGAAGUAGAUUGUUGGCGUUAGAAUUCCCCUCAAGCGUGUGCUCAACUGCAGCUUCCUAGU